GUCCAUAAUUAAUCCGACCCAGUGUCCGCGCUGUCCGCUAUCAGUUGUCAAGGUGCCCCGUCGGCUCACUGGGAGUCGGUAACAGUCGGAGCCAGUAAGCCAGUGAUUUCAUUUAUGACUAGGACACACCGGAAGAAUGACUAAUGUGUACACUGACUUAGCAGAGCACGGCUUUGGUGAAUUAUCAGUCCGUAGCACAUGCCGCACAAGAGACUCCAAAGAGGGGAGAGAAGUGGGAAAACACACUCCUGGCAAGAUUUCUCUCUACAUUCUAGGUUGCGAGUGAACAUUUUUUUUUAAAAAGUUUCAGGAAAAGAUUUCGUAAAAAAGGAAAGUCAUGGCUUAUUUUCACCUCGGUGGCUUCUCCGUGGAUUUAUCCCUCCUGUUGCUUACCUUGCUGCACGGUACUUUCCGACCAACGGACGCUUUUAAUUUGGACGUGCGCUUUCCUGUUGUAAAAGAAGGCAAAACCAAUGGCAGUUUAUUUGGGCUGUCUGUGGCCUUUCAUAAACAAACGAUGGGUGAACAGCGAUACUUGGUUUUGGUUGGAGCACCAAAGGAGGAAACAAAGACUUUCAAUCAAACAGGAGAUGCAUUCUACUGUCCAAUCAGCAUGGACACCAAGGACUGUGGGAAGAUGAACCUGGUCACCUCGGGACCUGAUCAACCUGACGAUUCGGAGAUCGUGAACGGGAUGUGGCUCGGAGUGGCGGUGGCGAGUCAGAAUAUUACCGAAGGCCGAGUUUUGGUCUGUGGUCACCGUUAUGUGAAGAAGACAAACGAGGGCCUGUUAUGGGCAAUGAUUGGCCGUUGCUACAUACGCAGUAACAACAUGAACUUCAACCCUGAUGACUACUGGCAGGAGUACUAUGAGGUUUGCUCUCCGCAAGGCUUGCAGACCAUGGAGGGCAUGUGCAACAUGGGCAUCUCUGCUGGCAUUACCGCCAACGAGGUCGUAGUCGGUUCACCAGGCAGUUAUGAUUGGCAAGGAAAUGCAGAUAUCAUUUGGAGAAGCCCACACAAUUCCUACUCUGUCACCAAGACAAAUUUACCCAAAGUUGAUAGAAGAAAUAUCUACAUAGGCUAUUCGGUGGCCAAGGACAAAGGUGUGCUGAGUUUGACCAGUGACACCCUGGUGGCAGGAGCUCCCAGGGAUGGACCUGAUAACCUAGCCAGAGGGGCGGUGAGACUGAAUCUAGUCGGGAAUGUGGACAGCGGUGACCAGACGCUGGGUAAAUCCAACAUUCUCUACGGAGAACAGGUGGGGUCAUACUUCGGAGGCAGCGUUGCCAUUGUUGACCUCAACAACGACAAUUGGAAGGAUUUGAUUGUGGGAGCUCCAUUCUACUUUGACCGGACCAAAGAGGAAGGAGGGGCCGUGUACAUCUACAUGAAUGAAAAUGGCUCCUUCAAAGACAAGUACGACAUCGCUCUGAAAGGGCCUGAGAAGUCUGCGUUCGGAAUGUCUGUCGCCGCCAUUGGCGACAUCAACCAAGAUGGUUUUCAAGACUUUGCAGUCGGAGCCCCCUACCAUGGAACUGGCGCUGUUUUCAUCUGGAUGGGCAGCGAGAAGGGCAUCUCGCCUGCACCUAGCCAGGUGAUCAAAGGCCAGGACAUCAAACACGGUGGCUUCCAGACCUUCGGCUACUCUGUUUCUGGCGGCAUGGACAUCGAUGACAACAAGUAUCCAGACAUAGUGGUGGGCUCGCUGGAUGAGCGCAUUGCUGUGUUAAGGGCUCGUCCAGUCAUCCAUCUCCAAAGUGAUUUAAGUGUGACCCCAGACAUUGUGGAUCCAGAAACUUGCAAUGACUGUGUAGAAGCAAAGAUGUGCGUGUCGUACCUCCUCAGCACGGGGGAGAACAGCAAGAGAAACAUCACCGUGGAGUUCACGCUGACAGCUGACCGAACCAGCCGCCAACCCCGUCUACUUUUUCUGAUCAAUAAAGCAAACAGCUAUACUGGAUACCUCAACAUGCCAUCGGAAAGAUGCAAGACCUUCAAGCUCCAACUUAAGAAGCCCAUCCGAGACAAGGUGGAGCCUGUCAGCUUCUCCCUCAACGUGUCCCUCUACGAGCCCCGGACGCGGAGCCGCGGAAAGCUCCAGAACCUGGAUGCAUACCCCGUGCUGAGCGAGGGGAAGACCGUGGUCAGAAAGCAUGAGAUUCACUUCCAAAAGGCAUGUGGCACGGACAACAAGUGCAACAGCAACCUGAAAAUGACUGCCCAGUUUGCCAACUUUGACAAUGACCAGCCUUUCGAAGAUGAAGACGGACAUCAGAUCUUCAAAUAUAACGCUGACGUGAAAAAGCUCAAGAUGCUCAUCGAUGUCACCAACAUCGAGUCAGACGGGCAGUUGGCAGAAGACGCCCACAACACCGUGCUGAACAUCACCAUCCCCCCCUCUCUGCAGUUUUCUGCCGUCAACCCCAAGACACUCAUUGAGUGUGAAGUCAAAUCUUCUGAUCUCCUGUGUGAGUUUGUGAACCCGGUGCGCACCAAACAAGAGAGUCGAGUUAUGAUCAUCUUUGAGACGUUAGGCAUCACUCUGGACACACGAGAGAUCAGCACAGAGAUACAGCUUUCCACAUUGAGUGAACAAAGCGCCAUUUCACCAAUAGCGUUGACCCUGAUGGUGGAGUAUUCACUUCAGCCAACAUUCAGCAUAGAUCCCCAGAUUAUCCAGACAUACUUUAGUGGGACGGUCAAGGGGGAGACGGCCAUGAAAACAGCCAGUGAUGUAGGAAGCCCGGUGACAUUCACCUUUCAUGUGCAGUUGAAAGGGAAGCCACUGGGCAGUCUGGGGAGUCUGCUGAUCUCCUUUGAUUGGCCGUUGGAGGUGGCUAAUGGGAAGUGGCUGCUGUAUCUGACAAACAUUACCACAGAGGGCACAUCCAACCAGCUGUGUGUCCCCCCAGACAAUAUAGUUAAUCCUCUCCAUCUCACGUCGGCAGCUGUCGAGGGGCGCAGGAAGCGAGAGCUGGACUCCCCUGAGGUCAGGGAGUGGAUCCAGGCAGAGCAAGCGUUGGCUCAGGCCCCUUUUAAAGCCAGAGGGGCUCGCAAGAAACCCAUCCGCCUGGAUUGUGACAACGGCGCCAAGUGUAGAACCUUCACCUGCCCGUUAAAGGGGAUGAAGAACCAUGCAGCGGUGACCGUCCACGCCCGGCUGUGGAACACCACCAUGCUGGAGGAUUACACUGAUGCUUAUCGAGUGACAGUGCGGGGCCACGCCACGCUCAACUUACAGACAACUAAAGCUGUUGUCAUCAUGAAGCCGCAGACACAAACGUUCACCCUGAACAUUGACCCCGAGCUGGAGGAGGAGGCCCCGGCGGAGGCCCCCAUCUGGAUCAUCGUGGUGUCGGUGCUCGCUGGAGUGCUCCUGCUCACCCUCAUCAGCCUGCUGCUAUGGAAGUGCGGCUUCUUCCGAAGGGCCAGUACCAGAGAGCUGUAUGAGGCCAAAGCCCAGACGGCGGAGAUGAGGAGUCAGCCCUCUGAGAAGGACCGCCUCACGGAGGAGAUCUAGCCCCACGCCACACCUCACACUGGUCCUUACACUGUAGUCCUUGGUGUGGCUUCUUCGAGCGAAGCGCCCACUUCAGAGAGAUGCCCACGCACCACGGAGUCCAGAUCCGCAAGGAGCAGCGCUACCGCCUCUGCGAGGGCUUCCUCGUCGAGGAGGACACCGCCAAGAAGCACUGGAUCACCAACUGGUCUGAGAAAACCACCCGCCGCUGCUGCUAGUGGAACGCGAGUGCAAAAUCACACACCGCCACACACUCACUCAGCCCUCACACGGGGGGCGGGGGGGGGGGGGGGGGGCAACCUCCCCCCGUCUUCACCUUAACAAGGAGGACUCUCCAGGCGCCUCACUUGUGUCCUUACACAUGUCAAUCAUGGACUGUCUGUCGUUAAUAUGGUGCAGUAAUGGUGUUUAAUGAUAUGGGGUUUUGCAAUGUUAGGGUAAAAGCUGUUGUGUGCCACUGCAAUGUUAGGGUUAACGCUGUAAUGUGUCGUACCAAAUGAAUACAUUUUUUCCUCGGUUAUUUUUUUUUUAUUAUUGUCAGUGCUAUGAGAUGUGUUUGUAAGGUGCCUCUAUUAUUCCUAUGUUUGGUUUUGUUUUUUUCUUAGACGUAGGCUCUUCUCAUUCAUCUUUUAAUCUAGGAAGGAAGGAAGGGAGGAUAGACAAAAAGACGAAUGAGAAGAGCUCAUUCAGUACCUCUAAAUGUUAUGAUGUGCAAAAGUUCUCAUCAUCUGUGACUUGCUUUUCACAAUGCAAUAAGCCAUGGUGUGCCCAUCGUGUUUUGCACUGAAUCUUGCAAACUGGAUUUGAAUAUGGCGCAACCAGUUCUGUUUUCAAUGUCAAACUCUUGUGUUUGGAUAUCCAGAACCAAAGCAUUUUUACUGAUUGUGGUCAAAAACUUUAUAAAAACUUAUGAUCUGAUCUAUGCAUUUGUUAGCUCUGAAUGAUCAGGGGGGUAUUCCAAGCAUUUAGUUUAGUGCCAAACCUGGGUAAGUUAACUCAGAGCAAGUGGUGAACCUACUAAUAGAAGAGAUGGCUUCAUUCGCCUAACAAAACAAUGCCAUAGGGCCCUUGUUGUAGGUUUACCACUUAAUUACUCUGAGUUAACUUACCCAGGUUUAUCACUGAACCGCAUACUUGGAAUUACCCCCCCGGAGACUUUGGGUAUGUAUCAUUUCAAAAUGUCAAAAGUAAAGGUAUUGUAUGAUUGUAGGCAAUUGAAAUGUCUGGCAUUUGCUCGCACUCCCCUUUGCUGUUCUGUUCUGUGGUGUAGAUUGAUGAAUGUUGUUUAAUGUAUCUGUUUAUUUUAAGUCUGUAAAUCAUGCUGUGAUUUGCCUCAUGAUUGAUGAAAUGUUUGUGUCUGUGCCAAAUAAGAGCUCUAUCAGCAGUUUUAUAGAAUCACUGAAUUAUGCCUGCCACUGCCAGUGUUGGAGUGUGAAGUUUCAGCUUUUCCUUAAUUAAUCCGCAGGAAGAAGGUCUCUUCAGCCUACCAACUUGUGCGUUAUUGAUGAGGGGGGGGGAAAUCCAAUACCCUAGGUAAUCACGUUUAUAGUCAAUCCUGUUUAAUUUUUCAGAGGUGCUGAAGACUUGUGAAUUGAUUCUGCUCAGAAAAAACAACAACAAACAACAUAUACCAGAGAUGUGUCUGUACAUUACACAGGAUUUGCAUUGCUAAUUCUCUUUUAUAAUGAAAAUACUGUAGUUUCCAAUUCCAGUGGCAGAUGUAAAAACCUAUAUUGGAAGUCCUCCAUAUCAAAGCCACAUUACCAUGACAUACAUAUUUAUAGGAGGAUUGUUGAGAGAUUAUUAUUGUGAGAUAGAUUGUUAGUUUCAUACUCGGAAGCUUCCUUGUGUCAUUAUUAUAAGUUGUGGAAGCAAAGUCAGCCACAUGUUUGCACAGCCAGAAUGGACAUUCCUUGUCAGUGUAUUUUUCAGUAUGUGCAUUUUGUCGGUGUAUGUAAAAUGCAUGCUUCCACGUGUAAAUAAUGGUCUGCCUUGUGAAUAUUUAAAAAAUGAUCUUUUGUUGUAAAAAAAAUUAAGCAAAAGCUAGUAUAUUUCUUUGAUACUGUGCUUUUUAAAUUAAAGCUUUUUAUAUCUGA